UUUCUCUACACAGUUUAGUUUACUCAAGUUCUCGUUCUAAACAACAACUGCAGCCAACUAGAAGUCUGGAGAAAACACAAAGAUAUCAUGGAAUUUUUCUUAAUAUUGUUGGCCUUAAUAACACUGGCCUAUUUAGCUAUACGCCGACAUUACAGUUAUUUUGAGCAACAUAAUGUGGUCUUUGAAAAACCCAAUAUAUUCUUGGGCAAUAUGCACCAAGUGGGCAAAACGCAACCUUUAAAGCAGCCCUUUUACGAUUUCUAUCAAAAGUUCAAGGGCAAGGCCCUGUUUGGCGGUUUCUAUUUGAGUUUACGCAAAGCUGUUAUACUAUUGGAUUUGAAUAUGAUACAACAGGUGCUAAUAACCGAUUUUAAUGAGUUUGCUGCACGUGGUAAUUACUACAAUAUAAAAGAUGAUCCUCUUUCGGGUCAUCUGUUCAAUUUGGAUGGACCUAAAUGGAAAAGAAUGAGAGCAAAAUUGACUCCCACAUUUACUUCGGGUAAAAUGAGAUUUAUGUUUCCCUGUGUAGUAGAAGUGGGUCAAAGAUUUGUGCAAGUUCUCUCUCAACUUUUGGACAACAAUAAUAACAAUACCGAAGAAGGUCUAGAGAUACGUGAGCUAUUGGCACGUUUUACCACCGAUGUCAUAGGUUCCUGUGCUUUUGGUUUAGACUGCAACAGCCUGAAAGAUCCUAAUACUCAAUUUCGUUUAAUGGGUAAAAAAGCUUUUACCACACGCCGUCAUGGUCGUUUGGUAUUUUCUUUUGCUCAAGCCUAUCCUAAUUUAGCUCGCAAAUUCGGCAUAGCCUUAUCGCCCCAAGAUGUUACGGACUUUAUGAUGAAUGUAGUCAAACAAACGGUGGAGUAUAGGGAACGUGAAAAGAUUCAUAAAAAUGAUUUUAUGAAUUUAUUAAUUGAAUUGAAAAAUCGUAAUGAUACAGAAGGUUUGUCUUUGGAGGAAAUAGCAGCUCAGGCGUUUGUUUUCUUUUUGGCGGGUUUCGAGACUAGUUCGAGUACCAUGGGUUUUGCUCUUUACGAAAUGGCAGUGAAUCAACAUAUUCAAAAGAAGGCGCGGCAGGAAAUUAAUGAUGUUCUAAAGAAAUAUAAUAAUGAGCUGACCUAUGAAGGAGUUAAGGAACUGAAGUAUUUGCAGCAAGUAUUAUUUGAAACCAUGCGCAAAUAUUCCAUCGCCUCCAUUACCAUGCGAAAAGCUCUCAAUGACUACAAAGUGCCCAACUCUCCCUAUACCAUCGAAAAAGGAAUGGUUAUAAUUAUACCCAUCGAUGCCAUACAUCAUGAUCCAGAAAUUUACCCCAAUCCCUCAGAAUUUAUACCCGAACGUUUUACGCCAGAAGAAAUUGCCAAAAGACAUUCAAUGUCUUGGCUGCCUUUUGGUGAGGGACCACGUAAUUGCAUAGGCCUACGAUUUGGUAAAAUGCAGGCUAUGAUUGGUUUAGCUUUACUAUUGAAAAAUUUUAAUUUUACUUUAUCACCCAAGACACCAGUGCCAUUGGAAUAUGAUGAGAAAUCAUUUGUACUGACAGCCAAGGGAGGAAUAUUUUUAAAGUUAGAAAAGUUGAAGGAAUAGGAGGAAAAGAAAAUAAAUUUUUUAAAUUGUGAUAAGUAGGUUGAAAUUUGGUUAAAGUAUUAUUAUAUUUGGUAAUAGUUAAAAUAUAUUUUAAAAGAAAAUUUUAUAAUUAUAUAAAAUUUAGUUUUAAGAAAAUAUUUUAUAAAGUUUUUAUUAAAAUAUAAAUUUAUACAUUCGUUUAAUAACAAUUAAAAAAGAAAAUAAAAAACUUUAUUUUAAAAAAUAUUGCGAAUUUCUCAAGAAUUGAGAAUAUUCGCGAAUAUAUUCAAAAGUGUAUAUUCCACAAUAUUAAGCACUUUGCUAUAUGACAGUUAAAUUUCACAGACUUCUACUAUAGUUUCCUAAAAAUAAAUCUGUGUAAAUUAACUUAAACAAAUUAUUCACUUUGGCAAGUGGACAAGAAAAUCUUUCUAAAUAAAUCAAUUUCAAUUUCAUCGACAAACAAACUAAACAAACAAAUACCAAAAAAAAGAACAAUUUUUACAAGAUAUUUAAUCAUUAGUUAAGAUGUAGCAAAUAAACAUCAACAAAAUUAAAAAAAAUUAAAGCACAAACAGCUAACAAUCAUUUGUAUUAAUCACUUGCACACUAUCUCAAAAUAAAAUACAUACACACCACGAAAUAUACAAACACUAUAAAGCCCGCAUAAAUUAAGAC